AUGCUUGACAACAAGAUGCCAAACAUGCUCAUCAAAGAACGAUGUGUUGUUAUGUCAGCCAUUCUUAAACGACAAUGUGAUAUUGGUACUAAAACAAGUCGAUUGGAUGUCACAGACAUCACCGAGAUCACAAUGUCUAUCAUGGACAGGAUCAAUCAGAAAUACAAAAACAUCACCAGAAUCAGAUCAUUCAAUGGAUGUUUCAUUUUCAUUGGAAACUUCUUCAACGAAAAUGAAAAUGAAUCAGAAUCAGAUCCUAAUGAAUGUAUCAACAACAUGAUUGAUUUUGCAAACCAUUGUGCAUACGCAGUUAACAAGACGAUCGAAUUUGAUUCUAUCUUGAGUUGUCUUGUUGAUUUCGGUGGACCAGUCUAUUCAUCGUUGAGUGGCAUUUCAAAGACAAUCUUCGAUUUCUCAUCUCAACUGAUUGUCGAAACAUUCGACUGCAUCGACAUUGUUCCAGCAGGGAAACUUGUUUUGUUCAAAGAAUGCUACGACAAUAUCUCAAACAAAAGUCUGUUCGCUCAAUUCAAACCACCGAGAGAUAUCGAAAACGAAUUCUACAUCAUGAACUCAUAUCUCGGAAUGAACCUAGAAAAUUGA